AUGUGGAGCGGGUUGACAUCAGGCUUUUCGAACGCCAUUCAAUCUCUGGACCAGGCGGCUAGAGAUGCCAUUGUUGCAAACCUCGGAGAUGAGGAGUUGACAGAUGAAGACGAUAUCGAAGAACGAGAGGAUUCUCCUGAAGGAAACUUGAAUGAGGCGGCUGGUGGAAACGGGCAACACUUGAGCCCUGAACAGUGGGAUCAAGAUGAGAGGGAACAUGUCGACUCUCAAGCUCAGAGUUUUCUUGAGGCACAGGAAGCAGUUGACGCGUACGAUGCUCCAUUUCAAAGCAUCGCUCUGGAAACCACGGCAAACAAGGGCAACGAGGGAGUGCAAAACUCCCCCAUGAAAGGGUUGCUGGGAAAAGUUUAUGCGGGAGGCACCAACGCCCUCAGCUCAGUCAAGUCAAACGUGAAACUCCCUCUUGGCGAGGUCGGAGGUACACUGUGGGAGCGAUCAUCGAUUGUUCGAAACUCCAUCUCAGCCGUAACGAAGGAUGUUGCCUCAGCGAUGAAAGAAGAAAUCGUGGGGAUGUCAAGCACGGUGGGAGUGGGAAUGAAGGGAUUUAAAGAAGUUAUAACAACGAUAUCCAACGAUGACGAAGAAUGGGCGGACGAUGGAGAGGUUGGCAACCAAGAUACAAAGAGUGAAGAGGAUGAAGAAUGGAUCCCGUUCGAAGCUCCGAUGACUCACGGUGACGGCUUAGAAGAAGUGACUGGCUUUCAUGAAGUUCCGUAUCAAGAUGAUGACUGGAAACAAGAUGAGCCGGACAGCGUGCGUGGCCAGGCUGAUCAGGGUUCAAGUGGACCAUCAGCCCCUUUGAUGAGAGCUGUAACGUCGAACGUGAAGUUCUCAGAAAUGGGGAGUAAGCUUUGGGAGCAAUCGUCGGCUGUGAGCAGAUCGAUUCAAUCAGUCACGAAGGAUGUGACUCAUGCAAUGAGAGAAGAGCUCGCUGAAAUGUCGAGCACUUUCACCAAGUUAGCAGCCGAGGAUGCGGAAGACAAUCGUUAUUCCGAAGGCGACCAUAAUGGUGUUGGAGUUGAUGGUCCCGAGGAACAUACUUCCACAGGAAUACAGAUGAUAUCGGCACAUGAAGGGAUUUCUAUGGAAGUGGAAGGACUGGAGAUGGAGAGAGAGUAUCUCCAAGCACAGGUGAGCCAACUUCAAACCGAAAAGGAAGAACUCCUGCUCAAGUUGCAACAAGAGCGAGAGAGGAAGAUUCCAAAGUCUUUGUGA